GUCCAUUUUCGAACUAAAAGACGCGCCUUUUCUUGUUUACGCGUUCGCACUAACUGUAAAGGGACGAAGCGAAAUGGAUAGAAGCGGUGGAAGCCAGGGAAAUGGCAGCUACAUGGACCAGAACUCGCUGGGCAUCCUGAACAUGGAUAAUCUAAAGGUCUUUGGCGACCUGUCCAGCUUCAGCAAAAGUGCAAGGAGGAGCGGCGCUGGUCGGGACUCCUCCGCCGUCCACGAGCGGCUCCGGGAAGAGCGACUGCGUGCGCUGGAGACACUGGAAAAACCCCGACCAUCGCGUCCCAGCCAAGCAAAGAGCACUGCCCACCAGAUGCGCUCCACUACAAACAUCUCGGAGCUGGUGACGGACGAAACCAUUGAUCUUAACAGCAGCGGCUCCUUUGCUUUGGUCACGCCCGCCACCAAGGGCACUAACAUCUCUUUUGAGCCUGCGGAGAUCACCGGCAGAUCCACACUCUGCCAGGCUGGAAAACAGCGCCGCAGGGAGAAGCCAUCCCUGUCUGUGGCCGAAAUCCUAAAGUCCUCCUUCGUUGAGAAGGCUCGUCUGUUGGAGAAGAAGCUACAGGAUGCCAGCCAGGUGGAAGCCAGCUAUCACUUAUCACGAGCCAACUCCAGUAGCCUCACAGAUUCGUUCAACUGCUCACGCAGCUUACCGCGCACUGCAGACAUGAGUGAUCUAAGUCUUAACGGCGGUGGGGGAUUCUCCUUCGGCUCUGCCUCGUUGGCGGCGGAAGGUCAGGAUGAGAGUUUCGCUCCCGCCGAGCUAAUGCAGUCCAAACUGGUGCUGGGUGAAAUCUCCUGGGCGCAGGAGUUUACAGCCAUGCCGACGGCCACGUUGAGCACACAGGCGAUGCAGAAGAUCGCCGCACCGCCGCCAUCAUCCGAAAUAGAAACCUCGGUGUCCAAUUCUGUCUUGGCUGGUGAUCCAGACUUCUCGCUGGGCAACUACUUCCAGACGCGAUCGGAAAAUAUAUGGAACAUUGUGAGCAACGGCAGCCCGAAUCGCUCCCGAUCCACUCAACCGCUAUUGGAACCUCAAACUAACGCGACCCUGGAUUCAGUUGGCGAGAAAACUCCGCAGCCAGACAACAAAACCUACACCAAAGCGGAUGCCAUGACUGGCUCAAAUCUUGGACGCAAUCUCAUGCGAAAAAUGCAGCAGGAUCGGAUUCAGACAGUUCUGAAGGGCAACAAUGGUGUGGCGGUGAAAGAGACCAAGCGUCCGCCAUCGAGCUCCGAGAUCCUAAGUCUCUCCGCAAUCGACAAGGCGCUUAGGGACAUAGAUCUGAACUCGGAUACAUCCACUGUAGAGGUGGUCAACCACUUGUGGGAGCAUGGUCGUGGCACUAAUAAUGAUGAUGGAGAAAACAAGGAGAACCAGAGCAGCAACUCCCAAGCGGAGCGCACAUUGUGCGGCUCCAACAAGCUUACGGACACUAUGAGUUUCACGGACUCUGUGCUAAACUCGACGGAUUUCCGUCAUUUGCAGCAGAGCAUCUCGCGCAAGCCGCUCAGUCCGCUGGCGGACCACCCGCAAAUUACCAUUAGCCGUGCGGACACCGAUCCCGUGGAGACGGAGGCCGAGGCUGACAUCGAUGAGUGGCCCUCGACGCCGGUGAAGGAGCCUAACCGCAGAGUGAGACGUACUAAGGUUUCGCCAAGAUCUGCAAGUCCGUCCAGUAGCGACGGAAUACGUCCACUAACCUGCACCGAGGAUGAAAACGAGGACGAGGACAAGACGCCAGUGAACAAGAAGAGGGUAUCGAUCUCCACAGUGGGAAUGAUUCCGCGCAAACCCUCAUCCUUAAGCAGCACUCGCUUGGAUGGAUGUGACGUUGCUGUGGCCUCUUCCACAGAACGUGAUUUUGGCAUUUCACCGAACCUCGCCAAAAACCUAUCACCCUUGUCCUCCCCAAGAAGCUGUCUCUCUUCGCCGCUGCUAGACAGCACAACUAGUUCCGACCGCAGGCAGCUCAUGAGUGGAGUAGCACGCAAGGCGAACUCCUCGCCCGCGGGAAGUGAGGCCAGUUCCACCAGCGGAUUCGCAGCAAGCGGAAGACGUGGACUAGGAUCCAGUUCUAUUACAGCACCGCGCAGUAUUUCGCGCUGCUCGAACUCCAGUGAGUUCAGUCAUCGCGAUGGGAAGCUGCUGCCCUUAAAGGUGACUCACACGACCCUCUGUUGGGGCAGCACAAAACUGCGUACAGAUGUCCGUAAGUCCAUGCAGGUGAAAAACACAGCGGACAAACGCCUCGUCAUUCGGCUUGGCAUCCAGGGACCCGGUUUCCAGCUGGUUGACUCCGGUAGCAGCACCAUCACACUGCAAGCCAUGGAAUGCCGGUCGGUGGUGAUUAACUUCUGUCCCACUGUCUGUGGAGCGGCCAUCGGAGCCUUGUCUUUUUAUGCACCGGCAGGAGCGCAUAACAGCAACCAGGCGGGCCUGGAGAUCCCGUUGUACGGCUACGGCGGCAGUGCGUCCAUCACCAUACAGGGUCUGCUAAAAGGACCGGUGGGCGCCAGUUUCCUUACCAUCGGUGAUGUAUGCGAGCUAUCCGCUGGUCCUCUUACUGCGAGUCUCAAGUUUCACAACAAGGGCCCUCUUACCGCUUUUGUGGGUAUUUCAGUGGACUCGACCGUGCUCAUGAAACUGCGUCUAAGCGAGGCCUUCGAAGUGCGUCCAAGCCGCAUGAUAUUGCCGCCAAAUAGCGAACGCUGCGUGCAGAUACUUUUCCGACCGAAUCGCGAGGACUUAAAGAACAUACUUAAGAAGACUGCGCCGGUGCUGACCCUGGCAAAUAUGCGGAUUUUCUGCGGAGACGAGCCCAACAGACAGCGUAUGCGCAGCUUGGUCCAAAGGAUGAGCAGUCGACAGCGGGAGAAGCUCACAUCACCGAUGCUGGACAGCAUUUGGGGCCAAUUUCCGGAUGAGCAGCCAGUACGCAACAUUGGCCAGCUCAACGAACCACCCGAGUUCAUCCUGGAUUUGGUCACCGUAGUGCGGAUUAUUGAUGUUGCGCUUACCCUCAAUCGGGAUUUUGAUGAAUCGUCGGAGAGCUCGCUAAUGUUCCUUCCGGAGGCCGAUGAAACCGUGUUAUUCCGGACCAUAUGUAUGGCCAAUUCGCCGACGCCAACGCAGAGCAACCUAUUGGAGCCUGUGGAUGAGCUAUUGGAGGCGGACACCACCACUUUGAUGCCCGUCGAGCGGAAUUGGUCUGUGCAGCCCGCUUCGCUGGAAUUCGGAGCCGGCGGAUCACCACUGGCCACUUUGGCCGUAACUAACAGCUUCUGCUCCAGGCAGCUCAUCGAGGUCACCUGCAGUGUCCCGGAUCUGGUGCGAAUCAGUCCCAGCGAGUGCUACGUUUCUCCGGAUGGCGGCCAGGCGGAGAUCGAUGUGCGCCUGCUCCGCUCACCCAGGCGGGAUUUGCUCGAAAAGGAGCCGCUCAUCGUGGUCUCCAUGGAGAACGAGCGCAUUAAUGUGCCGCUUAGUUUUAAGUUUUAAAAUUGGUUUAUUUGUGCCUGCUAAUUGCGUUUUCCAUAUGUUUGUGUUUCAGUAGCUAAAACAAAAAUCGCAUUGUAUUCUCGUGUACUUAUGAAAUGAAACUGUGUUUGUAGAGUAUUGUAAGGAAAACGAAAAUCUUUAAAGUUAAAAUAUUCGCUCGUUCUUAAAAGCUUCAUCUUGAUUGAAUAAAAAUAAAGAAGUGUAGUAGUGAUUCUCAAUA